AUGGACGACUACGGCUAUGAUAGAAGUCCAAUGCUGGAUGCCGCCCCACGAAGGUUGGACUCACCCCCCAUCUCGCGUGUCUCCACCAGAGAACGGGACGACUAUCGUGCAGACCCAUACCGCGACACUCGCCGCCGCUCGCCAGGUAGCUACAGCACAUCCAACAAGCACGAGUCAUACUCUCUAACACACACAGAUCGUCGCCGCGGAGCCGAUCGUGAUCGAAGACGCUCCCGAUCGCCCGCGCAGAUUGACCGAUACCAGCCGGAUCGUGUCCGAGAUGACUAUGCGUAUGGCUCUCGUCGAGACGACCCACGCGAACGUCGACGAUCCUCACCGCAGCCCAUCGAUCGAUAUGUCCCGGGACCAGAACCAUCUCCUGCCCUCCUGGUCAAUCCACUUCCUGAUCCGAUGAAGCUCGACUUCCAGGUCGGCUUUACUUGGUUCGCAGAGUGGUGGCGCGCAGAACAGCGUGUCAAAGAGGAGAAGGAGCGCACCAAGUUUGGACGACCGCCGCGCUUGCGAGGAGAACGCGAAUCGAGGGAGGAUCGAGAAGCCGAGAGACCCAAGAUUCAGGCAGCCUAUGACCAGUAUAAAGAGAAUCUGCAGAAGUCGCAAGCACAGACAUUCGUAAGAUUGCAUAAGAAUGAAGACUGGUUCCGAGAACGCUACGUGCCAGAGUUGCGCGAUACAUUCAGGCGAAAGCUGAUGGAUUACCGCAAAGGACUGUUCGCACAGUGGGAGUCAGACUUGACGACUGGUCUCUUCGAUGAAUUCACUCUGGAGGGCAUCUACAAAUCUGAGUCUAACGGACUAGGUGGCAUCCUGGAGCGAGAAGAGGGCGAGACCUCAGCGGCCGCCGAAGUCUUGGGAGUUGGCGACCUGCUCCCAUCGAAGGGCGGAGACUUGCGUGAUCCAGCAUCUAUGCAGCCAACUCUGCUCAUCAAGACUGUCGCACCGACCGUCACCCGCGACAAGCUUGAAGCUUUUGCAAAGGAGCAUUUGGGCGAUGGUGAUGGUGGCUUCAAGCACCUGUCUCUUUCUGACCCCAACCCAGUUAAGAAGUGCCAUCGCAUGGGCUGGAUCAUGAUCAAUCCAGAACCCGAGCAUGAAGAACAGCCAGUGGAGGUACCACGCGGCGAGGAGAACGAAGAUGGCGAAGAUGGCGAUGCAAUCAAAACAGAUGCGCCAAGCAGCUUGCUCACUUCCAGCGAGAAAGCGCUUGAGAAGAUCAAUGGCAAGACUAUCGAAGAUCCUGAGCGUGGUAAUUUCACUGUGCACUGUGGCGUCCAUCGACCUCCGGAAGCACCAAGGAAAAAGGCGCUAUGGGAUCUGUUCUCUGCACCUGAGCGAGUUGGCCGGGACCUCGAACUUGCGACACGGCUCGUCCGAAAGCUUGACAACGAACUUGGCGAUGACGCCUUUGGUGUUGCGAAGGUUGAAGAGCGUGUCAAUGACCUGUACGAGCGUGGUCUGUUGAAGCCAGCUGAGGCCAGCAAGCCUGUCAAGGACGCUGAUGCCAUGGAAGAUGAAGCAGAAGAAGGCGAGGAAGAGGAAGGGGCCCUUGACGAAGAUGAGGCCGACGAUGAAGAGCUCAUCAUCAAGAAAAAGCAGCUGGAUCUGUUGGUCGAGUACCUUCGUCGUGUCUACAACUUCUGCUUCUUCUGCGUGUUCGAGUCCGACUCUGUGCAUGAGCUGCAGAGGAAGUGUCCUGGCGGCCACUUGCGUAGACCUCGUGCCAGUCUUACUUCUGCUGCGAAAGAGACCGCUCGUGCUAGUGCCAUGGGUGAGCCAUUUCCGCUGAAGAAGAGGCCCGAGACUGAGACCGAGGCUAAGGCGGACGAGUCAAUGGAAGGUGACAGCCCGGUCGAGGAGAAGAAGACGUCGAUGCUGAAGCCCAGUACGAAGACUACCCAACAGCUUCAGCGAGCUUACAACUGGGUCAAGACUUUUGAGGAGAAGAUCUUGCAGAUUCUCGAGCCAGAUAAUGUUAAUAUCCGCAAGAUCGGUGGUACGCCUUUGGAGGGAGGUGUAGAGAAAGAAUUGAGCAAGUUUGUCACACAAGAAGAUAGCAACAAGUUCCGCUGCAAGGUGCCAGAAUGUACAAAGCUCUUCAAGGGAGUCGAGUUCUGGCGAAAGCACGUUGAAAAACGUCACGCCGACUGGUACCAACGUGUGCGUUCGGAGCUGGACCUCGUCAACACAUAUGUUCUCGACCCAGCUCACAUCGCUCCGAGCCGGAGUGAUGCGAACUCGAACGGGCACUUCCCACUCAACAACCAUCAGCCUACUGGUACGCCCCGGGGCUUCCAGUUGAACCAGCAGUUCCCACUGGGCUUCAUGCCCCCAGGCAUGGCAGCUGGUGGUCCACCCGGCAUGACGCCAAUGUUUAACCAUGGUCAGCCAAUGGGUAUGCCAGGCAUGUACGCGCCGAAUGCAGCCAUGGGCGGUGUGGGACCGAUACGUCAGAACGCUCGCAACUAUGGCAUGAAUGGAGGUCAUCGCAUGCCUGGGCCAUAUCAACGCAGUGGCCGAGGACGGAUGCCAUCUAUGAGUGGCGGCAGACCGCCAAUGAUGGAAGGCGGUGCUGCAACGAUGGGCCCGAAUGAGGCUGUACAGGGACGUAGUUUGCGCAGCUAUGAGGAUCUGGAUGCCGACAAAGGAGAGGGAACUACCGAACUGAAUUACUAG